AUGUGCACGGAAGUCAUGCAUGCCACGUUCCUUUUCGGUGCAGCCUUCUCAAACCCUCCCGGGCUUGCCUUCUCCCGUGCGCUGCUGCGGUGCCCAGACGUGGCGGCCUCCGUGGACGACGCCACCGUCCACGUCCUGGCCGAGUGGUUCCAGUGCGAGGAGCCCACCACCGUGAGGCUCCUCCUGCAGGUGGUGGAGACCUUUAGGCGGCACGGGAACAUGGUGACCGGGGCCGGCCCCCCCAUCCCUCCCCAGAGCAGGCAGCUGCAGCUCCUACAGCCCUAUUUGCUCAGCUGCUGCUACUCCCUGGACGGGGACAUCGUGGCGGAGACGCUGCUGGUGCUGCGGGGCCUGGUGGACAGCCUCCGGUGGCCGCAGUCCUCCUCCUUCCUGGUGCGGCUCACCUUCACGCUCGAGCCCUUCUUCGAGGCGGAGUCGGAGUCCCUGCGCCUGGCGGCCUUCGAGAUCUACGGCACCCUGCUGGCCAAGGUCAAGGGCACGUACCUGGCCUUCCCUCUGAAGCACCAGGUCCUCAACCUGCUGGUCCUGCUGGUGCUGCACCUGGCGGACAGGAACGUCGGCGUGGUCCAGGUGUGCCGGCCGGCCCUCCGCCACGCGGCCUCGAUCCUGGGCUGGUCGAGACUCAAGGCCGUGUUUGCCGAGAGAGACGUAUGGACGAUCCUCACAGCCGUGCUGAAGCAGGAGCCGGGCAAAGCCCUGUGGUUUCUGCGGCAGAGCGUGGUCCUCUUCAAGAGCCCGCAGGCCCCCAUCCGCCAGCUGGCCGUGUGGUUCGUAGGCCAGAUCUCGCGAGUCCUGGACACGGACGUGGGCAGCGGCAUGGAGGAGGCAUACGACGCCCUGAAGUCCAUGAGGGAGGACCCGGACCCUGCCGUCGGCUGCCUGGCCGAGCAGACCCUGCACGUCCUGGAGGUCAAGGAGCGGCUGCCGCCCAGGACCUCCACCUCCUGCUCCUGCCUCUGCGGCAGGAGGCUCUGAGCCAGCUGCUCCCAAGCCAGGCCCUUGGGC